AUCAGUAAAGUGGGAGCAAAAUCACAGAGUAACUGUGACUCCUCCCGUAACUGUUCUCUUCCCAAAGUUUCGUUUAUCCGCCAUGUUAGUCACGGCCGUCGACCGCUGCUGCUGAGAAGAGAACUGCUGGAUGUUUCGUCUCGUUCCGCCAUUACUGUUAGUCACAGCCAUCGACCGCUGCUGCUUCGAUUUGAGAAGAGAACGUGCGCUUCUGCUGGAUGGUAAAGAUGCAAACCAACAAUGUUGUCAGAGUGAAGUUCAAAGACAGCAAGAGAUAUAUUUUUUCUUCAAAACCUUUUACAUUUCAAUCAUUUUUGGAAUGUGUUGCCAAGAAAUUUGAUCUUCCUACAUUGGAUGUUAAAGUCUUUGAUGACUCGAAGACAGAAGUUGAUGAGGAAGCAUUCGUAUAUCUGCUGACACGACCAGAUCUUGGUGUCUUAGAAAUUGUCAUCCCAGGCACAGCAAACAUUGAUGAUUCUUUAAGCUCAAGCUCAUUAGGAGAUACUGAAGGUACGUCAGAGUCCGAUGACACAGCAAUGUUGAUUAGAAGCCCUCCUGAAAAAAAUCAAGCUGAGGAACGUCGUCUUGCCAAGAUGAUUGAAGAUAUCCUAAAGACCAGCCCUGGAGGUGAAAAGGUCAUAAACGAAUAUGCCCGCACCAAAGGUCUGUCAGAUGCCCGAAGACGUGACAUGGUGAAAAUCUUGGUAGCACAUUUGACAAAUGAACAUGGAACAAGCCCUUCCCGACAUUUGAAGGAAGAAUAUGCAAAGGGAAUCAUUUCCCUAUUCCCAUGCUUGGCUGACCCCAGAAGCAAGCUUGGAUAUGAGCAUUAUUACAAUGCAGAAGAUGGAAGUGGAUAUUUGGCGUGGCGAAUUAAAACUCUGCAGAAAGAAGCAUCAGAGGGACGGAUGAAGCGCCCACGGCAACCACAAACAGGUGGGCCAACUGCUGACAGACAUCCCUACAAAGACGACUGCAGUUUGACUGAAGACCGUCAGUGUCAGGAAGCAAUAGCCCUGAUGAAGCAUACAGCUGAUGAGGCAGUGGUAAAGGAAAAGAUGAAGUUAACACUGGCCCAUCGCCAGAAACUGCUGCACGACCCUAAAGAGUCAACUGAUAUUCUAUCAAUUUUCCCGCGAUUCCUGGAUAUACCAGGCUUGAUUGAUCAAGAUUUUGGACUUCUGUUUGGUGAUGUGACCUCUGCAAAGUUGUUGGAGAAGUGGUCUACCAACAUAAAACCAAAGGUUAUUGCACAGAGCCGUGGCCUCACACAGACUAGUGAGCUCCAAGACCUCAUCCAAAAUGCUGAAGCCACUGAAGUUGAAGAAGGGUGGGACAGCGACAUGUCUUCCAUUCUGUUGCUGGUUCACCUUUUGCCACCCUCAAGUCAAGGCCGCAAGAGACCGGGAAAGAUCUCAGCUAAACAAGCAUGUGAUCGUCUUGUGAAGUUCAUCAAGACCGGUACCAGUAUCCAAGGGCACUUGGAUAGCAUUGGAGAGAGGCUCCAGCCGUAUCUACUCGCUGUUGGGCCGAACAGAAGUAGGGUCCAUUCUUGGUUUAUUGUCAUUGACCAACAUGCUCUACCCUGUAAGGCUUCUAAUUCAUUGGCCUGUGUUGAUGAGCUUUUCAAAGCUCACUUUGUCUUUGGGACUUCAUACUGUCAGGAAUUGACCAAUGUGUAUAGCUUUCUGCAAACCACUGUCUAUGAUAUAGAUGUUGAAACCACCAAGGUGAAUCCCAGAGUGGCUGAGUUGAGAGCUAGAAUCCUCCAGUGAGCAGAUGAUUUGUUUCAUUUGUAAAAAGGGGCAUGCUAAUGCCAAUGCCCUUAUAAGGCACUUCAAGUUAGUUCAUGGCCUUUGUUCA